AUGUGGAAGACUUCCCUGCUGCCCAAGGUCCUGACUUUGCAGACCCUGGGCCUCCUGAUUCAAGCCCCAGGGCAUCAUGCAGAUGACCUCAUCAGGACCACUGAGUCUGGACAGAUCCAAGGGACUCAAAUCAGUGUCAAGGAGAUUGACAAAGCUGUCAAUGUUUUCCUGGGAAUCCCCUUUGCCAAACCCCCUGUGGGUGCCCUGAGAUUUUCUCCUCCACAACCACCAGAUUCCUGGAGCAAUGUGAGAGAUGCAACUUCUCAUCCAUCUAUGUGUUUGCAGGAUGUCACUGCCCUACUAGAAAUGACAAGGGUUGCAAAAGUAAACAUCUCUAUUACUGCCAAUUCUGAAGACUGUUUGUACCUCAAUAUCUAUGUUCCUGUCCAUGCAAAGGAGAGGGCUGGAUUGCCGGUGAUGGUGUGGAUCCAUGCUGGUGGUUUUAUUCUUGGUAGCGCUUCCAUGUACGACAGCUCGAUAUUAUCUGCCUCCCAGAAUGUGGUAGUGGUCAACAUCCAGUAUAGGCUGGGCAUCCUUGGGUUCUUCGGCACUGGGGAUGAGCACGCACCUGGCAACUGGGGUUACCUGGAUCAGGUGGCUGCCCUGAGGUGGGUCCAAAAGAACAUUGCCCACUUUGGAGGAGAUCCUGGCCGUGUGACCGUCUUUGGUGAGUCAGCAGGGGGGACAAGUGUUUCUUCACAUAUUCUGUCCCCCAUGUCCAAAGGCUUGUUCCACAGGGCAAUCAUGGAGAGCGGUGUGGCCAUCCUCCCUGGCUUAAUUACUUCCAACUCAGAAAUGGUUUUGCAAAUCAUUGCCAAUCUAUCUGCUUGUGAUAGACACAGUUCUGCCUCCAUGGUUCAGUGCCUUAGGAGCAAAUCUGAUGGGGAGAUCCUGGCCAUUACCAAGAAUUUUGGGAUGUUUCCUGGUGUAGUUGAUGGGCAGUUCCUCCCCAAACAUCCUGAAGAGUUGCUGGCUGCAGGAGAGUUCAACCACGUCCCUUCCAUCAUCAGUGUCAACAACCAUGAAUGUGGCUGGAUGAUUCCUGCAGGAUCAAACAUUGAUGAAUUAAACAGGAAAAUGGAUGUAGGACCAAGCAAAUUAAUAUUGAAAAAUCCAUUUUUGGGUUUUCCUCCUGAAAUUAUGCAUUUGAUGAUGAAAGAAUAUUUAAGAGACACUGAGGACCCAGGAGAAUUUCGAGCUCAAUUCCAGGAUAUGAUGGGGGAUUUGAUGUUUGUUAUUCCUGCCCUCAAAGUGGCCAAAUAUCAACACACUCCCAGCUCUCCAGUCUACUUUUAUGAAUUUCAGCACCAACCAAGCAUAUUUAAGGAUGUCAAGCCAGAUUUUGUGAAAGCAGACCAUGGUGAUGAAAUACAUUUUGUCUUUGGAGUGCCUUAUUUAGGCGAGGCAACAGAAGAGGAAAAACUCCUGAGCCACAGGAUAAUGAGCUACUGGGCAAACUUUGCCCGUCAUGGGGACCCAAAUGGUGCAGACCUUAUUCACUGGCCAGUCUAUGACCAGAAGGAAGAAUACCUGCAGCUGAAUUUGCAGCUGUCUGUGGGAAAGAGCCUGAGGAAGGAUAAGUGGAAAUUCUGGACCAAGACCUUGCCUGAGAAGAUGAAGCAAUCACAGCCAGAAAAUGCCCGGGUGGAGUUGUGA